GUCGGCCCGUUUAAUAGAGACGAGAGUGGAGCUGGUGUGUGACCCCGAGAGAGAAGGCUUGACCGACGGACUCUUCACCGUGGUCGCUCGCAAGGACCGGGGCAAACUAGGCAUUUACAACGAGUCAACCCAGGGGGUGGAGCAAUAAUCAACAACGGGGUCGUCUGGAAUGUCGAGAGAGGCAAUGCCGGACUGCCAGGUGCGCUCAUGGGGGCCGGCGAGGGGGGCAAGAGCUCCAACUUCCGCGACUACGAGCCAGCGGCAGUGGCCAGUGCCAGGCGCAAAAUGAUACCUGUGCUGCCGGACGCGCUCAUCAAGUCGGAGUCUGUGGACAUGGGUCAGAGGCUGGGUGGUGGUGUGUUUGCCGACACCCACAUCGCCCGGUGGAACGAGAUGAGCGUGGCGGUCAAGCGUCUGACGCUGUCCAUCCAUAGCAACCAGCUGACCAGCGAGGCCAUGGAGCUGAUGAAAGAGGAAGUCUGGUUUCUGAGUCGUCAGCGGCACAAGAACAUCGUGUGCGUCCUGGGCCUGAGUCUUGAUGGGCGUCUGCCGUUUUUGUUGACCGAGUACAUCAUCGGAGAAUGCCUGAAGGACUAUCUCGGUGUCAACGGUCAGCACCUGACCUGGCCCCAGAGAAUUCGCAUGUGCAGCCAGGUUGCAGACGGCAUGGCUUUCCUCCACUCCACCAAACCUCCGAUCAUCCAUAGGGACCUGCGCUGUGGCAACCUCUUUCUGUCCGACAACGACCUUGUCAAGGUGGCAGAUUUCAGCUUGGCAAAGCUUCUGCAGCCCAUACGAAAUCAAUGUGAAGAGGAUGACUGCAGCUGUCAGAGACUGAAGAGUGGUUGCCCGGCAACCAUACGCUGGACGGCCCCAGAGCUGCUGGCACACCCACAGGCCCGCGAGGGGGAGGGCACGGUCAUCUCCACGGCCAUCGACGUUUACUCCUUUGCCAUGAUCAUGUGGGAGACGGUCUUCUACAAAGAUCCUUUCGACGAAAUCAGCACCGAGGAGGAGGUGAUAGAGAUAGUGAAGAAUGGCGGGCGGCCGGAAGUGGCGUCUACAGCUGACAUGAUGCCUCAGUUCAAAGAUCUCAUGAAAGUGUGCUGGGAUCAGAGGCCUAGUGUGCGCCCACCCUUCAAACAACUGGCUGUUAAUCUCAAAGAGAUGGUCGGCGCGGCCAGAGCUCACCAGAAGUCUCAGAGCAACAAGCAACGACAGCACAAACCACAGCACGGGGCCGAGAAAGUGUGAAGGAUUUCUUUUUUCCAUUUUUCACUUUUUUAAAGUCUCGUUCUAAAAUGAUGGCGGAAUCUACGCCACUCGUGGUGAAAUGAAACGUGUCUGAUGUUGUGCCUACUUGUCGUGUGUGUGCUAGAACUCAGUCAUACCAUCUCUCCAUCCCUCCAUCUGUCCAUUUCUCCGGUUGACACAUCUGUCCAUCUCUCCUGCUGACAAGUUUGGAUCCGCGGGAUGAAGAGUUGUGUUCAAAGACUCUUUUAGGUUUCCUGUGGCACACGGUUUAGAGGUUGAUUGCCUAUAAUUCGAUCCUGCAGAUUAUUCUCUGUGUGGGCUAGAUAAGACUGUAUGCUUUUUGUGGCCUCAAGGCUUACAAUGUAAGGUGCAUGUUUAUUUUAAGUGUGAUUCUGUUGAUGGCACGGGUAGAACAAGUUAUGUUUUGUAAGUAAAAACACCGUCGGUGGUGGUGUGGGGUUGGGUCAAGGUAUUGCACCAGUUGAAAUAAUCUUCAGGGUUAAUGGCAUUCAGAAAUGUUUUUAAGAAGUGAAUUGUAUCGGUUCAAGGCUCCACAGCGAAUCCUUGGAAUUUUUAUCUCGUUCUUUCAGCCCCCACCGAAUUUUGUACAAAGUCGUGAAGACUAGAUUUCACGUGUUCCUGACUUGGGACUAAUUUCUGUGUGUACUCUGAGUGCGCUUCAAUUUGUGUCAACCCUGAGAUGUUUCAGACAGUCUGAUAGAAGUGGCUUCUCACCUGUCGUAGUUUUACUCUGCUCCCGUUCAGAUGAGACACAUGGCGCUCAUAUGACCUUAUGCAGUUUUGCGAGCGCCGUAAAACCUUACUAAAACUAAAGAUGAAGACACAAAGCAGGCUCUGUGAAACUACAGAACACGGUAGAAAUUGUCAAAAAGAGGAUCAUUCAUUGUUGAGGAGAAAAGUGGACAUCUUAGACAGAUGAACUUUUAGGGCAGCGUCUUUAAAGUGUAACAAAAUGCGAAGGCUGGAGUGGGAAAUGGCUGUUUGUACAGGAGAUUGUCUUAUACAGGUGUCCAGAAGAGCUAUUCAACUGUAAUUUUUUUUUUUUUUUUUCGAAACCAGGGGGUUUAAUUUCUUGUCAUGUCGUAGAUGGGUGGAAAGCCUGUAAUGUAUCACUGUAGCGAGGACAAAAUGUGUUCUCAGUUCAUUAAGUGGGACAGAGAAUCUUCCUGAAAUCCAAUAUGUGUCCGGGGUUUUGGGGGGGGUUUUUGUCUGUGUUUUUUCUUCAGAGAUUAACCUGUUUGUGACCCAGGGUCCAUUUGUGCUUCGCCAAGCACAACUUUGGAUACCCGAGAUGAAGAAUUGUUCUGAAAUUCUUAGGGUGGCUCUCAUUGAGAGGUUGAAGGCCUGUAAUUUGAUCUAGUUUGUAAAUAUUUGGCAAAUCAUCUCUGAAAGCAAAACAUUUCUUCUUACGGAAUGUGUCAUUGCGUUAGAAUCUGCAAUAAUUUUUUUUGUAAUAUCGUCCAAUACAAAUAGUUUGGUGAACACAAAAUAUGACUCGGAGCUCUCAUCAUUAUGGCCCUGGCACUUUGCAAAGCAUGAUGACAAACGCCGUUUGUAAUAGAGCAGCAUCGUGCUUUCUUUGCCACAUACCUAAGAAAAAAAAUGAUGAAAGGCUCUCAUCACAUGGGUCAAAAAGGGCUUAAUAGUUUUUGAACUGUCAUGGUAGCUCUCACAGAGAGUGUUGCAGUCAUUUAGUGAACUAAGUUGUUAUAUUAUUAUCUUAAGAAAUUUUUCGGAUAUGGAAAAAAGUUGUUUUAGAAAGGGUUGCUCUUUCUCAUGUUGUUAGGUUGUUUAUUUCUGUUUUCUGAUGGGAGUGUUGUGUUCAUCACUUUUGUUCCACAUUUGUUGUAAACGGGUUCAUGUGAAAUUCAUAAUUCAUCUUAUGUUAGUUGAGAUGCUCGUUAUUUCAUGUUCAGUGGUUUAUUGUGUCUUGCCAAGUAGUUUGAUCUGUAGGAGGUGAGCACAUGUAUGCCUUAAAACCUACUGCUGUCAAUUGUGAGACUGGUUUUAAAAUUCAGUCGUAAGAUUUUGUGAUGUUUAUUGACAAAUUGCUGCUGCAAGAUUUGGGACAGUGAGUGGAGUUUCGACUUACAGUUUUUAAGUUCUUGGUCUCAACGUACACCCUGGUUCUUUUUGCUCACCUUGAUCGUGGGUGGUUGGCAGGUGCUCUGGUGUGGUUUGCUCCUUCUUCCCUAUCAAACGUCUCUAUAGUUGUUUCUCUUUCUGCUUCCUUUUCUUUGUACAUUUCUCUCUCAUAACACCUCUGAUCUCCAACACUGAUGUGGUGUAAUUAUGUUGCAAGUGCUGUAAAACUUUCACAAAGACACCUUGGCUGUUGCCACAGUCACCUUCACCACCCACCCACACAGCGUUUUGGGCGAAGAACGAGGCGAAAUAAGACUCACAAAGCUGUACAAGAAGGGGUUAAAUGCAAGUUUCAGAUGAUCAAGAGUUUUGUUGGGAUUUUUAUUGGUUGUUGGUGGGGGGAUAUUUUUUGGAUGUAGUGAGCUUUAGCUGAAUUUUACCCUUUUAAAUAGAUGUUCACUAUAGUGUUUUUUUUCACCAAGUUUUGGUUGAAACAUUGAUGUUUGUUAGGGUUUUUUUCUGAAUGAAUUUCCAUUGGUGACUGUUUGUGUCUAGUGAGUCAAUUGAGGCCGCCUAUUAUUGUCUACAAAGUAUGUCAUAUGUGAGAAAAUGUAACUGAUAACAGUUAUGCAUAUUUCUCAACAUGGUUAAUGUAGAGCUUAUAUAUAUACAUCUGUUUCUCAUAUUUUUAAUGCAUUUUAACCAUCUGCGUAAUAACCGAGAAGUGUUCAGACUAGAUCGGAUAUCCGUAGAACUGUCGAGAAUUCUGGCUUUGGCUUUCUGGUUGUAUGUGAUUCUGAUCUAUAGGAUUGUUGAUUGUUCCAUUGUUCUCUGUGCUGGUUUUGUUGGUUUGCCUCUUUUGUUCACUCGGCUUUGGCUUUACUUUGUUGGGAGAGACUUCGAGCAGUCUUGCCGACUUUCCCAAUUUUCCGGGAACUGUCUCACAUUCGACAAUCGGGAAUGUGACGGCCUUAUAACAUACACAAAAACUCGUUCAUUUUACCAGUAUGUAAUUUUGUUCGUUGUCAGGUAACUCAAUCCCAGUCGGGGACAAGCAACUUUACUUAACUUCACAUUAAUUGUGAAAUGGGAAAGAACUUGAAACUAUACCAUCUCAUCAUAGGUGAUCGGAAGUUUUGUAAUGUUUUAUGUCUCUGGUUGCGCGUUGAAAAUGUUGGAAAACCUGUUUUGAGCAUCUGUCAUCCUAUGAAGGACAGAUUGUUUUAAUUUAGAUAGAUAGUUUAAAACUUUCAGCAUUAUAAGAUAAUGAAUACGGCCACUAUUUGUCUACUACCGGUCAAAAGUUUUUGUGACCUAGACUCCUAGAGAUAUGUAUACUUAACUGACUCUGGUUUGACUAAACUGACUUUGGUUUGCAGGAAACUUUUACCACAUUAAGGGAGAAAAACUCGCAAAGUGCCAGUAUCUUGACAUCUUUUGUCUUAUAUGAUGUACAUUUUUUUCCACUUUUAUUCAUCUUGGUUAUAAGCACUAUAAAAAUGUGGUGUUUGUUUCUGGGUGUGUGUCCCAAGUUUUUAUUUUGUUUUUUCUCCUCUGUUUGCCGUACUGUCGUUUCGGUACAUUUAUCGUGUUUGCUCAAAUUGUACUUCUUUCUCCUCCUUCUGUGAUAUAUGCUCUAUUUCUAUUGAUUUUCAGGAGCAGGUAAUUAGCGAUAACAAGCAUGGGUCAUGAAAAGUUGGGCAGAAAUUCCGAUCCCAUUUGGUAAACAGAAAGUGUGUCUGGCUUGGUCCUGUUUAACUCAUAUAUGGAUGAGCGUUCUGGUCAUUUGACAACGUUGAAGAUGCGCUGUGCUGUUUUGAGGCAUUUAACGUCUUAACUGCUGAGUCGACGUACGUGUAUGUACUUGUGUGUGCUCUAAAAUUUGUUCACGGACAUUUUUCUCUGCUGAUUUGUACAAUAAGUUUUAGGACAUAGAGCCACAGUUUGUAGUUUCUUACCCAUAAAAAGGGGAAAGAUGUGAUGGCUUUGUAAAGCUCCCUUGAAAGAUCAUUUCAUUUUGUCAGUAUAAACAUAGAUGGAAAUAUCUCAGCAGUAAAGGGGUGAAAGAAAACGAAGCAUAACUUUGUCAUUCACACAAAUUUUUCAGUUCUGUUUUCUUUGCCUAAAAUGUUUUUAAAGGCAGACAACAACAUUUGUACUGUGAAAUAUUCAAACUCGUGUUUUUGGAAUCAGCCUCAACAAUGCCUCUGCCCUGUUGCUGAUCAAACAAAUGCUUAUCAACCCUAUCCGUAUGUCGUGUUUUACUAUCGUAUCCAUACGAUGUGGGGAACUCUGCGCCACCACUUUCCAAAAAUAAAA